GGCGAUCUGAGAACACAAACCCACCAAUUACAAUGGCGGCGAAAUCGAUACUCGCGGCGGUGUUUCUUCUGCUGGCCGUGGUUGCUCCGCCGCGGAUGGCGUCGGCCGCCACUCACAUCGUCGGCGAUUCGCUCGGCUGGAACAUCCCUUCUGAUCCCACUUCUUACUCCGAUUGGGCCGCCACCAAAACCUUUCUCGCCGGCGACAUUCUCCUUUUUAAUUUCACCACCGGACAACACGACGUGACGGAAGUGACUAAGGCCUCAUUCGAUUCCUGCGCCACCGCCAACCCGAUCUCCUCCACGAAAUCCGGUCCGGCGAGGAUCACACUCACCGACGCCGGUAGCCGUCACUUCAUUUGUUCAUUCGCUGGCCACUGCGGUACCGGCCAGAAGCUCUCCGUCACCGUCCGAUCACAAUCUUCUCCACCGCCGACCACCGCGCCUCCACCUUCUAACAAACCCAAAAAACCGUCGCCGCCGCCGAAAGCUUCACCGCCGACCGCCACUCCACCACCCUCGGAGAAUGGCCCUUCAGCUCAGACGCCACCAGCCGCCCCGCCGCCACGCAACUCCGCCACCUCCCUCGGCGGUUUCGCCGUCUUCUUCUCCGCCGGAUUGACGCUUGCUGUAGCUUUGAUUUACUAGAGAUUGCCAUUGUUUUUGUAAAAAAAAAAAAAAAAAAAAAAAAAA